AUGAGGAUGCUCGCGUAUGGCAUCACAGCUGACUUCUACGAUGAUUACCUAGAUAUUGUGAAGUCCACUGCCAUUGAGAUUUUAGAGCACUUCACGAAACCAAUCUGGAAUGUGUACCAUGAGACUUACCUUCGCCGAUCAAUACCGGCAUAUUUACAACGGCUGCUUGACAAAGAUGCAGAAAGGAGAUUCUCAAGGAUGGUCGGGAGCCUUGAUUGUAUGCACUGGCAGUGGAAAAAUUGUCCCACCGAAUGGACAGGGCAGUAUAUUGGCCACAAGGGGAAAUCGACAAUCAUCUUGGAGGCGGUGGCCUCCUACGAUACUUGGAUUUGGAACGCUUUCUUCGGACUUCUAGGUUCCCUGAAUGAUAUUAACGUCCUUAGAUGUUCACUGUUGUUCAAUGACGUAUACCUUGGUGAAACUCCUCAAGUGAGCUACCAGGACAAGCUCGUGGGUGGAGUAAAAUGUAAGAAGGACCAUCAAUACAUCAUGAUGACGUGCAUUAUGUUGCACAAUAUGAUUGUUGAAGAUGAACAUGAUGAAGAUGCAGCAGAGCCAUUUGAUCCGAAUGAUAUCCCAACCAGACCAAGGAAAGCAAAGAUAUAUGCCAGACCAAAAAUUGACACCGAUGUUCAUCACAAUCCGCAACAAUUAAAUCAAUUCUUGCGUCGUUAUAGGGAGGUUAGAUGUCCAAUGAUGAAUAAAAACCUCCAAGACGAUCUAGUCGAUCACCUAUGGACCUUGAAGCUACAAGCUGAUCAGAACCACCAGUGA